AUGGACGCUGGUGGCAAAAUAGGUGGUAAAAUAGGUGGAAAAGUCGGUGGAAUGGGAAAAGGUGGAAAGGGAAAGACUGGCUCCGGAAAGGGUAAAAAAACACCCAUGUCGAGAGCAGCCAGGGCAGGACUCCAAUUCCCAGUCGGUAGGGUACACAGAAUGUUAAAGUCACGUGUGAGCGCCGAUGGCAGAGUGGGAUCAACUGCAGCAGUUUACGCAUCAGCCAUACUCGAAUACCUGACAGCAGAAGUUCUUGAGUUGGCAGGAAACGCUUCCAAGGAUCUUAAAGUUAAGCGUAUAACUCCACGUCACUUGCAGCUGGCCAUCAGAGGAGACGAAGAAUUGGACACACUCGUCAAGGCAACCAUAGCAGGAGGUGGCGUCAUUCCACAUAUCCACAAGGCAUUGAUGAACAAGGGACCCGCCCCAGUGCUUGUCAAGCCGCCAAAACGUCUCUAA